AAAAAUCUUAAACCGCCAUAACCCUAAGCAUUUUUCCGCCUGCAAUACAAUUUGCUGCAAGCCGCUUUCUUUUUCCGCCUGCAAUUCAAUUUCUGCAGAGAGCCUUCUGUUAGCAUUCUUGGAAAUGGCGCCGAGGAAAGAUGGCUUAGAAGUUCAUUACAGGGGCGUGAGGAAGAGGCCCUGGGGUCGAUACGCGGCAGAAAUCAGAGAUCCAGUUAAAAGACUUAGGGUUUGGCUCGGCACUUUCGACACAGCCGAGCAGGCCGCCAAGGCUUACGACGCUGCAGCUAUUUCUUUCAAAGGUCAAAAGGCCAAGACGAAUUUCGCUUAUUCUUCCGCCAUGGCGAACCAGAGCUCCAGUGAUAAUAGCACUCUAGAAUUCCAUGCCUGCUCGCCAGUGAAGCGCGUGAAGAAGCCUGAAGCUUCAUUUUCUGCAAAUAAUCCGCCUGUAAAUCGGCAAAUUUUCUUGUAUGCCCUAGAAAAGGGCGAUCUCGUCUUUCCUGGAAAUAGAAAGAGUUUUUCCAAGAGAAAAGAGGAAAUUGAACCGGGAAAUGUUCACAGCGACUGUGAUUCUUCGUCUGUUGUUGAAGAUGCGGAAGCGGAGGCGGCGGCAAGGACGGCGGCGGCGGCUGAGGGCCCCCCGGCUAUAAGAUCGCCGCUCUUUGAUCUCAAUCUUCCCCCGCCUCUGGACGAAGAAGAAGAAGGACGAUUUUUCCAGAUCGGCUUAUAAAAUUCGUUUAUUUAAUUAUUAUUCUUUUUGUAGGAUCUGUGUGUCUGAUUGAAAAGUUUCUGCCGUUUCAGAGGUCCCAUGGAAGAUGAUGGGAUAAUGAUAAACGAGCAAUGUAUAUAGAUUACCCCACAUCCAGGGUUCUUUUUCUCAUUCCUUAACUGUUUUUUUUGGUACUGGACACGAAGUAUUUAUUUCAGUUGCAGUCUCACUUUCCGGAUCAAAUAUUUCGUAUGCCAUAACAUCUGGUUAUGGGAGAGGUGCAGGUUGAUUUUUUGAUUAUUUAAUCUUUAUGGAAAUUUGUAUAUGAGUUACCAUUUUUAAUAAAUGCAAGGUCUUUUAUCUCUUUGGAAA